AUGGUAGAGUUUUAUUAUCACGAUAAUAACGAUACGCCUGAUGACUUCACUGAAGCACAUAAUUCUGGAAAAGAUGUAUCAUUAGCUCAGUUGGAGGCGAUUGGGGUUAUAUAUAAAAAGAUUGAGUCAACUAAGGAGUUGGAUAAGUUAGCUGAAGAGAGGAAUUAUAAAAACAGAGAUGUCGUCAAUUUAAACUUGGAUUCUUUCGGCGGCGACUUGGAAGCGUACAACAAUAAAAUGAAGCAAUUCUACAAGGAACACCUCCAUGAGGAUGAAGAAAUUAGAUACAUAGUUGAUGGUGAAGGCUACUUUGACGUCAGGGAUAAAGAUGACAAAUGGAUAAGGGCGAAAUUAUCUCCUCAUGACUUGUUAAUCUUACCUGCGGGUAUAUAUCAUCGCUUUACCUUGUCAAGUGAUUUAAAAUAUGUAAAGGCUGUCAGGUUGUUCAAGGAUGAACCCAAAUGGGAAGCAAUAAACCGGGACUUAGGAAGACCAAAUACUGCUCGCGUUGAAUACUUGAAAACUAUAUCCGUAUAA